CGACUUUACACCGGUGGCUUCUGAAAGCUGCAGCUCCUCAUAUGGAUUAUGGCCCGAUGGGUGCUGCCCCCUGCACGGCGGAAAAUCACCGAAUGGGCCCAAGAUUGCCCAUGCUACGCAGUAAGCGUGCGAUGGCCAUGGCCGGGAGCAACUUGGGUGUCAUUGGGACGCAUGCAAGUGAGCUUUAAUAUAUGAAGGGUUCACUCCACCACCAUGGAUUGUCGUUCCCCGAGCUGCCACUCUUCUUACUCGACUUUGCCUUCACGUGCUAUAGCUUGUUUUCCUCCCCCGUGACAAACCUACGAGGAAAGCGAUCAAGAUGUCGAGGUUUCCAAAGAUCACAAACACUUACUUCAUGGCGAUUAUCGCCACCGUGGGCGGUAUGCUCUUCGGUUUCGAUAUCUCGUCCAUGUCUGCCAUCGUCAUUACCGACCAAUAUAUCGACUACUUCAACAACCCCUCUGGUCUCACCCAAGGAGCCAUUGGGUCUGCUCUUGCCGCUGGAUCUGUCGUUGGUAGUUUGAUGGCCGGCCCUAUUUCGGAUAAGUAUGGUCGACGUGAUAGUAUCAUGUUUGCCUGUCUUUGGUGGCUAGCUGGAACUGCGGUCCAAGUUGCUACCACCGGAGUAGGCUCGUUAAUUGCUGGUCGUAUCUUGAACGGUGUCUGUGUCGGUAUCACCUCUUCUCAAGUCCCUGUGUAUCUCGCAGAGAUUGCCCCACGAGAUACUCGGGGUCGCAUUAUCAUUAUCCAGCAGCUUGCCAUUGAGUGGGGUAUCUUGAUCAUGUACUUUAUUGGUUAUGGAUGCUCUAAAAUCGAAGGCACGGCGUCGUUUCGAACCGCAUGGGGAACACAAUUUAUUCCCUGCGUGGGUCUUAUGAUCGGUCUUCCUUUCCUUCCUAGGUCUCCAAGAUGGCUUGCCAAAGUCGGCCGCGAGGAAGAGGCAAUUCAAACUCUUGCUGAUAUCCAAGCUGGUGGUAACAAGGACGACCCACUUGUCGUCGCCGAGUGGGAGGAAAUACACACUGUCCUGAACGCAGAGCGCGAGUCGAUUCGAGGAUGGAAGAAGUUCUUCGUUAAUGGCAUGUGGAAGCGAACUCUGGCUGGAAUGAGUGUACAGGCCUGGCAACAAUUGAGUGGCGCUAAUGUUAUCGUUUACUAUAUCGGAUACGUCUUCUUGAUGGCGGAUCUCCAAGGUGAUGUCAACUUGGUUUCUUCCGGCAUUCAAUAUGCGGUCUUCAUCAUUUUCACCACCAUUAUGUUCUUCUUCAUUGACCGUACCGGUCGUCGAACGCUCCUUGUAUCUGGUGCCAUAGGAAUGGCUAUAUGCCACUUUGUAGUUGGUGGCCUUCUUGGUACCUACAGCAUUGAUGUCCCCGAGGGUGUCGGCGGAAACCACAAUGUUGUUUUCAAAGUCACGGGCUCCCCUGCUCACGGUGUCAUUGCAUUUAGCUACCUUCUCAUUAUCGUCUAUGCGCUCACUCUAGCUCCUGUCGCUUGGGUUUACGCUGCUGAGGUUUGGUCGCUUGGAACACGCGCUACUGGAAUGUCACUGGCUGCGGUGGCCAACUGGCUGUUCAACUUCGCCCUGGGACUCUUCACCCCGCCAGCAUUCCUUAACAUCAAGUAUAAAGUUUUCAUCAUCUUCGGCGUGCUUUGUAUCGGCGCAGCUAUCCAAGCCUGGUUUACGUACCCUGAAACAUGUGGCAAGACUAUCGAGGAAAUCGAAAUAUUGUUUGCUAAGGGCGCGCCAGCGGCGUGGAAGACCAAGAAGGGUGGUUCUCGUCUUGAGGCUGAGAUCCAGGCCGUGUUGAACCGCAAAGAGCAUGGCGAAGAUGUUCAUACUGAUGUGCAUCCGGAACUCCAAAAGACAGCAACAAGUGAGGUAGCUAAGGAGACCGUGUAGGGUUUUGUCCAAUAACGAUAGCUAUUAUUCUGACCUCUAGUAUUUGCGAGGUCAGAGAUGCUGCAGUACUUUAUCUUGUUGGAGUUGGGGAGGCAUAAGCGAAGGAAGACUUCUAGCUCAUAUACCAGUAACCACACAAAUUGAAGAAUAAUCUAACCUUG